AUGAAAGCGGUAGUAUUCGAUGGCAAGGGAGCCAGUGUUGACCCGCACCGUCAGGUUCCAAAAUUACGCGAUGACUACAUUCUCGUCAAGCCAGUCGCAGUCGCCCUGAACCCGACCGACUGGAAGCACGUCAGGCUCAAGCGUGCCAAGCCUGGAUGCAUCGUUGGCUGUGACUACGCAGGCGUCGUUGAGGCAGUGGGCAGCGCCGUCGAGAAAAAGUGGCAACCAGGAGACAGAGUCUUCGGGUGCGCUCAUGGGUCCAACCUCGUAAACCCAGACGAUGGCGCAUUUGCCGAACUGGCUGCUGUCAGGGGAGACCUGCAGAUGAGAAUGCCCGAAUGGAUGAGCUUCGAGCAGGCGGCCACACUUGGCCUCGGAACAAUCACGGUCGGGCAGGGCUUGUAUCAGAAGUCCAUGCAGCUCGACUUGCCUUUGGUUACGCCUAAGAGGAAAGAGGAGCAUGUUCUAAUAUAUGGUGGAGGCACCGCUACUGCCGCUCUAGGAAUACAGUUCGCCAAGCAGUCUGGGUAUUCCGUUGUCACAGUCUGCGGGUCUGAGAGUUUCGACUACGCUGCGAGUCUCGGUGCCGAGCUUGCUCUAGAUUACAAGGACAAAGACGUCGGCGCGAAGCUCCGCAAGCUCACAGACAACAAGCUGAGGUACGCAUGGGACACCAUUGGCACUGAACAGACGGCCCAGGUCUGCGCGGAUGGGCUCACGACCUUGUCGGAACUGAAGCCUCUGUAUGGCACUAUCAACCCCCAAAAAUGCCCGAGGACCGACGUCACGUCCACAUCAACAGUCAUGUUCACUGUCUUCGGCAAAGCCUUUGACUUUGGGCCUGUGCACAUGCCGGCAAGCUCGGAGGAUUAUGAAUUUGGCAAGAUGUUCUAUGGAAUUGCGGAGAACCUAUAUACAAAGGUUAGUUAG